AAUGUUAGUAGAGAACAAGCCUGACUGGUCUGGAAGAUGGAGCCAUCUUCAGAAACUACUGAUGAGGAGUGGACCUUUAGCGCAUCAAGACUUUGAACCAGGAUCUCAGGUGAAAAUAUUUAGCAGAGAAACAAAUUUUUAUCUAUUUUUCCCACAACCAAGUUUAUUAUUUAUGGAUUAUCCCGAGGAUCAUUCUGUAAGAUUAAUAAUAUGGGACUGAUCUGCAAAAACAGAAGGAUUUGUAAUAUUAUUAUUAUUGUCUUUGAAACAUCUAAACCCAAAAUUGAUUGGUGACAAUUUUUGUUUUGAGAACAUUUAUCUGCACUCGUUUGGAAACUAUGAACUCCUAACUGGCCAUCACAUCUGUCAUUACUUAGUGGAGAGAAUAAUAGCUUAACAACAAAUGAUUGAUGAGAGAAACACCUUUUUCGUUUAAUUAUUUAGUCGGUUUUCUCCAGUUUUUACCCUGGACAAAUUUUUUUCCGUGGAGUGAAACCUGUGACUUAUUUGCUACAUCAGAUCAAGGCUUGGUAAAAUUUUGAAUUCCAGCUUGUCCUUUAGAUGAGCGGUUCUCAUAUUUUGCAUGCCAGGGGUCAAUGGAUUUAUGGUAGGGCAGUGCUCGAGCAUCACCUGGUGGUCCCUGGUGCUCAGCUUUCGCUGUCAGUCAUGUGCUAAGAAUUAGGAGACUCACCAGAGCUUAGCUCUAUUUAUAUAAUAGUCAACUCUCUCUUACUGGAUAUUGCUAUGAGAUGGGCACCUCGCUUCUCCAAGAUGGAUAUGUUACAGGUCAAAAUUAAAAGUUUUCAAGUUACAGGUUGAUUCUCCUUUGUCUCCUAGCCCUAAUUCAUGAAUGUAAUAUUAGGGCUAGCAGACAAAGGAAAUGACAACCACUAGGUUAAGAAACUUUAACCUGAAGUUUACAUAUUCUUUACUUCAUUUAUGAAAGCUGUAAAAAAAGAACAUUUAUUUAUUUAAUCGAGGUUAACGUUAUUGUGACUUUUUUGGUUUUCCUACCGCAGGUUCUUGAAUUCAUGCUGGAAUCUGCCAAAAUCUUAGUUAUUGGAGCUGGAGGUUUAGGAUGUGAACUUCUUAAGGAUUUAGUGAGUUUGUAAUGUUGGUGCUGGAACUGAAAAUAUAUGUAAUUCUGCUGCAGCAUUUGUUACAUGUAGUGAAGUGUUGCAGUAUAGUAGUAUUUAAAAGUAUUAUUUUUCUAUAAACUGAUGGUAGCUUCAAGAGAAAUACAGUUACAUUAAGACAGAAUCCUCCAGAAAAUUGAGUAAUUUUAAUUUUCAGUGGACAAAAACCUUGUACCAGAAAAAUUUGAAGAAUAUCGCAUUCAUUUUUACAUUUUUUUUUCCCAAGGGCUAAAGAUGUAAUAAUUAAUCAUCUGUAACAACACCGAAGAAAAUUUCCCAUGGGAUUCCAAGAAAAUAAAUGUCCAAUUUCACAAGAAUUGUGAAAAAAUGGGUAAAAUUCUGAAAAUUACAUGUGUUAGAUGUAAUUUUGUGAAAUUUGACAUUCAUUUUCUCAGGCUCCCAUCAGAAAUUUUCUUUGGUGUUCUUACAGAUGACUAAUUACAUCUUUAGCCCUUGAAAGAUGUAAAAAAGAAUGCAAAUAUUCUUUAAAUUGUUCUGGUACAAGGCUUUUAUCCACUGAAAAUUAAAAUUACUCAAUUUCCCGAUGGAUUCCAUCUUAAUUUUUUCCCUUUUAUAGAUAAACAUUUUGAUGCUCAAAAACAUAACAUUAUUGAAACAUGUUCUUAUGAGAUUUUCUUAGAAACAUUUUUUGGAUGUUUGAAAAAUCCAGGUUAAAUAAGCUAUUACUAACAAAUAAUACUAUUGCUGGUUUGAACAACCUUGUUAGUGAUGUUGUAAAGUUGGCGUGUAUACUUAAAAUUUUUGACUCAAUGUCUGUUUUUAAAUCUCCAGGCACUAAGUGGAUUUAGGAACAUAGAUGUUAUUGAUAUGGACACCAUAGAUGUAUCAAAUUUAAAUAGGCAGUUUCUUUUCAGGUAUAUUAAUAAAAAUCCAGUUCUACUUAAUGUUGCAUAAUAUUUUAUGAUAUAUGUAUCCAAUGUCAAAAUUACAUUAUGAAUGCCCUUCUCUUCCCCUGUUGGUGUUCCUGUGUUUGUGGUCUGUGUUAGUAUUCCUGUGACUGUCUUAGUAACUGUACAAGAAAUAUCAUCUUUAUUUCUUGUAGUUUGAAAUGCUUCUGGUGUGUGGGAUUCGGAAGUUCUACUGGGGUCUGUCAUGAAACUUAAGUGUACGUAAUAAUGAUACAUGAUAUUUAUAUUAGAUUGUAAUAUAUUUUGUCACUUUGCAGACCGAAAGAUAUUGGUAGAGAAAAAGCUGUAGUGGCUGCGGAAUUUGUCAAUAGCCGUGUCGCAGGCUGCAAUGUUACACCGUAUCCUAAUCAGGAAAGCAUGAUGUUUUUGAAAGCAAAAUUUGAAUUAUUGCAAGUUUUGUUCACUGUAACUGUCUGUACCUGUAAUCUUCAAAAAGGGUUCCACAAUCCUUGACAGAAAUUGUACAGCCAUUUUAAAAAGAUUCAAGAUUAUGAUGCAGAUUUUUAUAGAGGUUGGUACAACAUGUAGUUUAAAAAGCGUGAAAGUUAAUAUAUUCUGUUGUAAGACAUGACACUUUGAUAUUUUUUCCACAUUUCAAUUCAGUGACAGAACUUUGCUCACUGUAAUGUAUUUGCCAGGAUUUCAUCUCAUCGUGUGUGGAUUAGAUUCCAUUGUAGCCAGAAGAUGGAUUAAUGGAAUGGUGGUAUGUAUUAAACAACUAUAAUCAGAACUUUACAACCUUCCCCAUUAUUAAUGGUUAUUGGACAGUAUAUGUAAUAACAGUACAUGUUAUUGCACGCCCUGUAAAUGGGCUGUUGCACUUUAGUGGGUUACUCUACUGUGCAACGUUUUUCACAUUUUUGCAUUGUCUUUAUUCUGUGAUUCUGUGAUCUAAAAAGUUUCUAGGAAAUUGCAUGGAAGAGAAUAACAGAGAGAAAACCAAUAUUGUUCCAUUAUUAUGCCAAAUUCUUCAAGAGAGAUUUGUUUUGUUGUAGCUUAGUUUAUUAGAAUAUGACGAGGAUGGGACAUUGGACCAAACAAGUGUUAUCCCUGUGGUGGAUGGAGGCACAGAGGGUAAGGCUAAGGUCAAUUGUGUUUUAUCAGAUAUCUUCUAGGAAAGACAAGAUUGCCUCAAAUGCUGGGCUAAUUAUGGGAUUUCAAAAGAAUGUCACCUAUCACUGUAAGAGAACUGAAGAAAAACCUCCUUGUUGAUAACAGAUUUUAUUGUCACAACGAUGAAGAAGCCCUAAAACGAUAACGAAGCGAAAAUAAAAUAACAUAUCAAAAUAAGAACUAGAUAAACUAAAAAGAAAAAGGGAUAGUGUCUAAAGAAAAAAUGUAAUGGGAAUGAACUUACAAUGAAUAAACGUCCACUGGCUGCCAGUUAAUAUGCGAACUAAUUGUGCAAGAAAAACAAUAUGGCUGACCCAGAAAAUGGUCAGGGACCCGUUAGAUGCUUAGUGUAUGAAACCUCUUCAAGAACCUCCUAUACCAUACCAAGGUCACACUUCUCUGAGGCGCAAAGCAGAUCCUCAGGAUGCCAGGCUUGCAGAGAGUUAGAGCGGUUUUCAUUUGAGUGUCGAAAAGUAAUUGGUUUUGCACUUUCUACACGAUGCGAUUGGCUUAAAAGAUUCGCGCCACCUUUUCAUCCAAUCAGAAGUAAAACCAAAGCCAAUUGUGACGCGCUCACAUGCAUUUUCCCGCGCUUUGCGUCAGCCACAUGUAAUUACUUCGAGUUUUGAUUGGUUCAAUGUAUUGUCUGUGUCCUAUGUGAUUGGCCAGAAUAAUUACUUUGGUUUUGGUUUUACGACACUCAAACGAAAACCACUCUAACAAUAAUAUUUUGUUUGGAUUGUAGGCUUUAAAGGCAAUGCUCGGGUCAUCAUUCCUGGACUAACAGCUUGUAUAGAGUGUACACUUGACCUCUACCCACCACAGGUAUGACUUUUGUUGACUUGUUUGAUAGUUGUAAAUACUUUCCUUGCUUAGUUUGCUUUAUGGCUGACCGACAUCCUGUACAUGUGUUUUCUUGCCAGGUUAAUUUUCCAUUAUGCACCAUAGCACACACCCCUCGACUACCAGAACACUGUGUAGAAUACGCCAAGGUGUUAGUAUGGCCUCAAGAACAUCCUUUUGGAGGUAUGUACAGUAUUUUCAUCAAUCCUUAACUUUGCAUUCCAUUUGCAUUUUCAUUUUGCUGUGCUGCAGAAACCAUCAACUUUCAAACAGUUUGCCGUUACAAACAAUCACUGAUUUUAUUCAGCAAGCUAGUUAAACUGAAUUAAUAAUCCUCUAUGAUUGUUGGCAUCUUUAUUUUCAUACUUUUAGUCCAUUAUUGAUAGAACAAAAAUUAUAAAGACUAUAAAGAUGCAGGCUACCCAAGAUUAAUUCCCAAGUNCCAGGCACUAAGUGGAUUUAGGAACAUAGAUGUUAUUGAUAUGGACACCAUAGAUGUAUCAAAUUUAAAUAGGCAGUUUCUUUUCAGGUAUAUUAAUAAAAAUCCAGUUCUACUUAAUGUUGCAUAAUAUUUUAUGAUAUAUGUAUCCAAUGUCAAAAUUACAUUAUGAAUGCCCUUCUCUUCCCCUGUUGGUGUUCCUGUGUUUGUGGUCUGUGUUAGUAUUCCUGUGACUGUCUUAGUAACUGUACAAGAAAUAUCAUCUUUAUUUCUUGUAGUUUGAAAUGCUUCUGGUGUGUGGGAUUCGGAAGUUCUACUGGGGUCUGUCAUGAAACUUAAGUGUACGUAAUAAUGAUACAUGAUAUUUAUAUUAGAUUGUAAUAUAUUUUGUCACUUUGCAGACCGAAAGAUAUUGGUAGAGAAAAAGCUGUAGUGGCUGCGGAAUUUGUCAAUAGCCGUGUCGCAGGCUGCAAUGUUACACCGUAUCCUAAUCAGGAAAGCAUGAUGUUUUUGAAAGCAAAAUUUGAAUUAUUGCAAGUUUUGUUCACUGUAACUGUCUGUACCUGUAAUCUUCAAAAAGGGUUCCACAAUCCUUGACAGAAAUUGUACAGCCAUUUUAAAAAGAUUCAAGAUUAUGAUGCAGAUUUUUAUAGAGGUUGGUACAACAUGUAGUUUAAAAAGCGUGAAAGUUAAUAUAUUCUGUUGUAAGACAUGACACUUUGAUAUUUUUUCCACAUUUCAAUUCAGUGACAGAACUUUGCUCACUGUAAUGUAUUUGCCAGGAUUUCAUCUCAUCGUGUGUGGAUUAGAUUCCAUUGUAGCCAGAAGAUGGAUUAAUGGAAUGGUGGUAUGUAUUAAACAACUAUAAUCAGAACUUUACAACCUUCCCCAUUAUUAAUGGUUAUUGGACAGUAUAUGUAAUAACAGUACAUGUUAUUGCACGCCCUGUAAAUGGGCUGUUGCACUUUAGUGGGUUACUCUACUGUGCAACGUUUUUCACAUUUUUGCAUUGUCUUUAUUCUGUGAUUCUGUGAUCUAAAAAGUUUCUAGGAAAUUGCAUGGAAGAGAAUAACAGAGAGAAAACCAAUAUUGUUCCAUUAUUAUGCCAAAUUCUUCAAGAGAGAUUUGUUUUGUUGUAGCUUAGUUUAUUAGAAUAUGACGAGGAUGGGACAUUGGACCAAACAAGUGUUAUCCCUGUGGUGGAUGGAGGCACAGAGGGUAAGGCUAAGGUCAAUUGUGUUUUAUCAGAUAUCUUCUAGGAAAGACAAGAUUGCCUCAAAUGCUGGGCUAAUUAUGGGAUUUCAAAAGAAUGUCACCUAUCACUGUAAGAGAACUGAAGAAAAACCUCCUUGUUGAUAACAGAUUUUAUUGUCACAACGAUGAAGAAGCCCUAAAACGAUAACGAAGCGAAAAUAAAAUAACAUAUCAAAAUAAGAACUAGAUAAACUAAAAAGAAAAAGGGAUAGUGUCUAAAGAAAAAAUGUAAUGGGAAUGAACUUACAAUGAAUAAACGUCCACUGGCUGCCAGUUAAUAUGCGAACUAAUUGUGCAAGAAAAACAAUAUGGCUGACCCAGAAAAUGGUCAGGGACCCGUUAGAUGCUUAGUGUAUGAAACCUCUUCAAGAACCUCCUAUACCAUACCAAGGUCACACUUCUCUGAGGCGCAAAGCAGAUCCUCAGGAUGCCAGGCUUGCAGAGAGUUAGAGCGGUUUUCAUUUGAGUGUCGAAAAGUAAUUGGUUUUGCACUUUCUACACGAUGCGAUUGGCUUAAAAGAUUCGCGCCACCUUUUCAUCCAAUCAGAAGUAAAACCAAAGCCAAUUGUGACGCGCUCACAUGCAUUUUCCCGCGCUUUGCGUCAGCCACAUGUAAUUACUUCGAGUUUUGAUUGGUUCAAUGUAUUGUCUGUGUCCUAUGUGAUUGGCCAGAAUAAUUACUUUGGUUUUGGUUUUACGACACUCAAACGAAAACCACUCUAACAAUAAUAUUUUGUUUGGAUUGUAGGCUUUAAAGGCAAUGCUCGGGUCAUCAUUCCUGGACUAACAGCUUGUAUAGAGUGUACACUUGACCUCUACCCACCACAGGUAUGACUUUUGUUGACUUGUUUGAUAGUUGUAAAUACUUUCCUUGCUUAGUUUGCUUUAUGGCUGACCGACAUCCUGUACAUGUGUUUUCUUGCCAGGUUAAUUUUCCAUUAUGCACCAUAGCACACACCCCUCGACUACCAGAACACUGUGUAGAAUACGCCAAGGUGUUAGUAUGGCCUCAAGAACAUCCUUUUGGAGGUAUGUACAGUAUUUUCAUCAAUCCUUAACUUUGCAUUCCAUUUGCAUUUUCAUUUUGCUGUGCUGCAGAAACCAUCAACUUUCAAACAGUUUGCCGUUACAAACAAUCACUGAUUUUAUUCAGCAAGCUAGUUAAACUGAAUUAAUAAUCCUCUAUGAUUGUUGGCAUCUUUAUUUUCAUACUUUUAGUCCAUUAUUGAUAGAACAAAAAUUAUAAAGACUAUAAAGAUGCAGGCUACCCAAGAUUAAUUCCCAAGUAAAAAACAAUAAAAUGUUCCAAUUAUUGUUUCUUAUUAUAGAGCUGUGAAAGUACCUUUUAGGGAUCUGUCUAUACAGGUACUGAACUAAAAAAUGUAGGGGCCUCUUUUGUUACUCAACUGAUUUUUUAUACCUUUUGGGGUUAAAAUGAAUUAAAGCCACAACCUCAAAGUAAGUUCUAGUAUCUGUAAGGGGCUCUUGAAAAUCCCCACCAUUUUUGUAGCAGAUACUUUCAUGAUUAUUUUUUCAGAGGGAGUUCCUGUUGAUGGAGAUGAUCCAGCUCAUGUUCAGUGGAUUUAUGACAAAGCAAAAGAAAGAGCUGAUAGCUUUAACAUUCAGGGAGUCACCUACCGGCUUACACAAGGUAAUUUCAAUCAGUGACAAUUUGCCAUAAUUUUAAUAAAUUGCACAACUACUUUGUGGUCUAAUGAAUUUGUCAUCUUAUUAAGGUGUCGUCAAACACAUCAUCCCUGCCGUGGCCUCCACCAAUGCUGUAAUUGCUGGUAAAUAUGCUUUCUUUUCAUUUUAUUUGUUCCUUGAGCCUUCUAGUAUGGUUGGUCAAUCCCAUCAUUUGGAAUGUUCAAACUAUUCCCUCAAUCAGGUAAUCUUGAAAUUUUUAAUUGGCUAAUUCCAAUCCUGGACAUAUGUUUUAAAAAGUGCCAUACAGAGGGUCCAGAUUUUCUCAAAUAUGAACACCCCAUGGCAGAUAGGAAAAGGAAAAGCAUCAAGGUGAGGUCAUAAUAUCUAAGCUCCACAUGGCUAUUGAGAGAAUGUGGAUAGUUUUUGUUCAGCCAAAAAUGAAAAACGUCUUGUCAAUGUUAGGUUUAUGAAAAUGCAGCUUAGUGUUCUAACAGGAAAAAAAUUUCCAAACCCUACAUUAUCAAACCCCAAAGUUCCAAAUCUUCCUGGUUUAUUUUUUUAGGACUGUCUGAAAAAGAGAUUGGUAAUUUUUGUGAAAUGUUUACUUUGGGUGCAGAAGGGUGUAAGCCAAAUUAAGGAGGAGACUCUCUUCUUUGGUCAAUGACUCUAAUUUUCUCUUGUUAUUUGUGUCAUGCCAGCUGCUUGUGCUCUGGAAGUUUUCAAACUGGUCUCCAGGUAAGGGUCUGUUAAAUCUCUGGAAUUCCAGGGGGUGGGAAGGACAUGGUUCAUACAUGUCGUAGUGGUCUUGCAAUCUCACUUUCAGUAAGAUUUCCGCACAGUACCAUACAUGCAGUUUCAUUGUUUUUCAUGGUAAAAGUUUAUUUAUCAUGAACAGAGUUGAAAAUGUAUGCACAAUAACAUCAUUUCCUUUGGAACAUUUUUGGGAACCUUGAGAACAUUGCAGAUGUCUUCAGAGAUUAGUCUUUUUGUGCAUAGAUUAUCUUUAAAAUAGUAUAAUAUUAACUGUCUUUAUUCUUGAAUAGCUGCUGCAAUCCAUUAAACAACUAUAUGGUGUUUAAUGACACAGAUGGAUUGUACACGUAUACCUUUGAGGCUGAGAGAAAGGUAUGUAAGAAUAUUAUAUUAAAAAAAAGAUUUUUCUAUUAUAGUUAAUUCUAUUUUUUGACUCGAUAUUGGAAAAAUGUGUACACUGUAGCACAAGUUUGAAUUCAGCCGUAGGUAAUAUUGAAGCAUGCAUGUUCUAUACUGGAAUUCAGUCAAGAUUUUAACAGCCGUGUCUUGCUUUUUACAGUUAAUUGAUUUUACUAUUGUUAAGUGGUGGUAAAUAAACUGGCUUCUUUGUAAAAAUCCACCUGCAAUUGUUUUUUUAUAAAUGUAUACAAAAAUAUUUAUUUUUCAUAGUGAGCAGAAGGCAAAAAUAAAGUACAGUCAAACCUGCAUGUGCGACCACCUAUCUUAAGUAACCGCUUCCUCAAAACACUAAAAUUUUCCCAGUAAUAGCUCUGUAGUUUGAAUCUCGGAAAAACGACCACCUCCCAUCUACUAUGACCACUAUUUGAGGUGACGGUUUUAUGAUUUUCCAUUUUUUAACCACUUGUAUCUGAAGAACUUUUUAGGACGAAAUGUAACUUCACAUAUCAUAACUCAGAAAUAAUAUUAUUGCAUGUACAGUCGAACCUCCACUAAUGAUCACCUCUCCACAAUGGCCACCUCUCUGCAACGGCCAUUUUUUUUUGGCAGACAGUCGGUAGAUUCACUCUUUUUUCAACCUCUCUACAGUGGCCACUUUUUUCUGACCCUAAGGUGGCUGUUGUAGAGAGGUAAAACUGUGAUAAUUCUCUGAAAAAAAGUAGAAGAGGCCACUGCAGUUUCAACCUUGUAAGCAACUAUCUCCUAUAAUAUAAGCAACCACUAACCACUAUAUUUUGCUGAAACAAACAACCACGCAAUACCUUUUUUUGUCAAUGCAAAAAUUCUACCUUUACAGUCUCUAUAUUAUGAAUCCGUUUGUAGUCUUAUGUAUGAUGUAAAUAAAAACACUGCUCCGGUUAAUAUUUCGAAACUCUUCUCUCGAAUUUCUAGUGUUCAUACUUACAACACACGUGCCUCAACCUCUGAACAUUUUUAUACUAAAGAAUCUCGACUCAAUGUCAAACGAAAUGCAUUUUUGCGUGUUGGGGUCAAAAUUUGGAAUGGGAUACCUCUAAUUCUUAAAGAAAGACCGAAAAAAGCUUUUAAAAGAUCACUAAAAGAAAUGCUACUGGAUUUCCUUGAAACUGAAGACUCCUGUAUUGAUGUGGAUACGAUUAUCGUGAAAAUGAAAAAGUAAUUCUCUUGUCCUUUAUUUUCAUUUUAUUUUAUUUUUAAAAUUUCACUUUAAUUAUUGUCCUUGCAUUUAAGUAGAACGUAUCUAUUUAAUGUAAAAUGUAUAUACUUAUAUAACGCCUAAUUUCUUUGUAUUUGUCUAGUUUGUUGUAAUUAAAAUUAUGUAGCCUGGCCUGCCUCAAAUAGCCUCGCCAACUGCAGGCCAGUUCCAAUGUAUCUUUUGCUAUAUUUUCAAAUUUAAAUAAAGUUGAAAGUUGAAGUUAACUCUUCACAUUUUGGGUGGUUGCUUAUAUCAGGUUUGAUUGUUUAAAAAUUAAUGUUAUGGGCUCUGAUCAAUACACUCUCACUAAUAUUGUAUUUAAGGAUGACUGUGCAGCUUGCAGUCAGCGACCUCAAGUUCUAACAUUCCCAGAGGAUGUAACCCUUAAAUCAGUAAUUGACUUCCUUAUGGAGACUCCAUCAUAGUAAGUAACUGUCUUGUAAGCAUAUUCAAAUGCAUUUUAAUUUAUGUGGUUUAUUUGUUUUAUGAAGACCGUUAUUUUUUUUGUCCAAUAGUCAACUGAAAGCUCCUGGCCUCACUACCAUGAUUAACGGCAAAAACAAAACCCUCUAUAUGCAGGUAAGUUGUUUUAUUAAGGUCAUUUUUUUGCAACAAACAGAUGAAGGCUUGUGAGCUAAUAGUUACAUAAGUUGGGAGAGUGCUGGUCUGCUGAGUUGGAGGUCAUAGUUUCUAACCCUGGCUGGACCAACACUCAGGGUCUUUGUUAAAAUAAUUGAGAAGAAAUUGCUACCCUUGUAAUGAUAUCUGCAAACAGUUAGACUGUCUAGUCUUCUCAGAUAAGCACAAAAAACCAUAGGACUUUCACAUGUCUGUUUCUUGUGUGAUGUAAAAGAACCCACACCACUGUUCAAAAAGAGUAGGGGACGAAGAUGGUGGUGGUGUGGCUAACCCUUCCGGUGCUUAAUGGGUUAUCUGUAAGGAGAUAUCUUAAUAUAGAGAUAACCUCAUUAACCUCCUUCAGGUGUCUUUAAUGGCUACCUGUAAACAGUGAAUGUAUAAAGCAACUAUUCUCUGCAGCCGUUUUCUUUGUUGUGGGGGAUUUUAUUGUACAGUAUCACAGUUAACUCAGCUUAGGGUAACAUUUUUUGAUAUGGCACAAAAACCCUUUAGAUUAAGAACAGCUGAAAAACAUCCCAUUUAGUCUUAAGUUGUUUUCGAAACUGACUCUUGCUCUCCCUUCAAUGAUUGAUGAUAUAAGGGCCUUUACUUGUGGGUAGUUUUUUUCCCUUUAAUUUGUUCAGGGGAAUAUGGUCGUAUAGACUGUGUAUCAGGCGUUUAGAAGUAACAUGAGUGCAAGAAAGAACGGCGCGCAAGACAAAGACAUGCCUACGCCCCUCAUGCGCACAUGACUAGUAGGUUUAUACGUGCAGCUAUCUUGGAGCAAAGAGACUCUACAUAUUUUCAGCUGCUCAUUUCAUGGUGAUGAUGGGGUUCACCAGUCUGUAGAACACACAGUGUGCUUCCAUAAUCUUUCGCACUUCCCUGGUUAAGGUACCGUUUUUUUGCAAAUUAAAAGAGAAACAACUCCUUUUUAAAUGUGCCUUUUCCCAAACUGUUUUUUAGUCUGUGAAGUCUAUAGAGGAAAGAACAAGAGCGAAUCUACCCAAGAGAUUGAAAGGUACUGUACCAGUUUAUGCAUAUUGGGUGCGACUAGAAACUAAUCUGCCCAUUGUUCUUGGAAGGAGUUUGCCAAAAGAAUGAUUAUUCCGUCACAGUUUUUCAGAUUUUUCCUUACUCUAAUAUUUUUUGUAGAAGGUUUAGCAAACUCAAAGGAGAAUAAUAAAUAUGCCAACCAACUAUUGCUCAAUGUAACCAAACAAAACCAUUACUAUUUUCUUCAUUUUUUAAACUGUUAUAAGCCCUUAAAAUGGCUGUGUUGCACACAAGAGGUAGUCAUCUGUACAGGUUCACACUAUCGUGAUAUGUAUAACCCGAGGCUGACCAACAGAGAGGAGAAGUCGUUACGUCACGUUGCCAAGGUAGCAAAAUUUUUGGAUGACAACAAACCGGUAAAGUCACUUAGUUAAUCCUUAAUUGAACGAGGACUCGUUUAAUUCUUGUCUGUUACUAUAGGACAAAAGUUUAUAAAGGAAAUCACACAAUUUCCAGACCCUCUCUUGAUUACCAAAAUAUUUUCCUCUCUUUCAGCCAAUCAGCGCUCAAUAAUUUUGUCCUUUAGCUAAUGCGUGUGAUCUAUAUGUGGUACAUGGCCGCACAGGAUCAGAAAUUUCUCUUCGACUGUUGAAACAUAUUUCUCCAGUUAUUGCAGCAAACGAGUAAAAUAUUUUUCAACACGAGAAGCUUUUGCGCGAAAACAUGAUAUCUUCACAUGGGAACAGAUCACUGUUGCUAUGGCUACAUGAUAAAUCGCGCCUUUCACAGUACAAAAGCUGUUGAAGUGAAAUGAUUUGGUAAUUCAUUGGUGCUUACAUAGUAAAUAGGACAUUACAUGGAGCUACGAAAUUUCUCUUCUCGCGUUGAGAACACCCGAAGAGACUGAAUUUUGUAUCUCCGCGCGGCCAUGUGUUAGGGGAGGGGUGGGUUGUAUACUAAGGGGAGGGGGUUGCUCAAAGAAUUUGCACUCUAUUUAUUUUCCUUGCACCUUUGUUAUUUUUCUUUUAGAUAUUGGACUUGUUGAUGGUCAAGAGAUUGUAGUAGCCGAUGCCACAACACCUAAACCAUUAAUUGUUACAAUACACUUUUCAUCUGACAUGGAAUGA